AUAAGUUGCAACAAGUCUAGGAAUUUUAGUGAGAGAGUUGGGAGGUUGAAGAUGAAGAUGAGAGAGUAAAAUGAGAUCUAGUAUCUUCUCGUGUGUUUAGAUGCUUGUGGAAUGAAUAAUCCCCUUUUUAAUAGCCUAACAAUCCAACAGCUAGAUUUGCGUUGGGUGAGGGUAGGUGUCAAGUUUUGGGAUGAUCUGGGCACUUUUGACAAGACUGAUGUGUAAUUAUGAUUUCUCUAAUGUGUUUAGCGAUUAACUAUUGGUUCGUUGAAGCCCUGCCAUUCUUGGCAACUUUAUAUCUAUAUGUAGUGCCAUAUUUGGGAUGUAAUUGAAUUACUAUUGACAAAUCUUCCUUUGUCCAAGAUUUUGAUAGAUCUUCCAAGCAAAAUAUAAUCUCUUUUGCCAAUUUCCAAUACAAAGAAACUUGUGUAGCUGUCCAUGGGAAACUUGCACAGCCGUCCAAACAUUAAAUGUUGAGCAAAUUGAUGAUGGAGACUCAAAUGACAUCUCUAAUUGAUCUUCAACAAGAUUGCAAGUCUUCUAAUUAGCAUCAAACAAUGUAAUUUUGGGAUCAAGUUUUGCCUUCACAUGUUUAUCACCCAUCCCUUCCUCACAAGGACGAGCAGCAUCGCUUCCCCCAAGCUUGGCUAGCGCAAAUACUAUACUUCGCUAGGCGAGUAAUGUUCAUCCAUCCAUGCCUACCAAGUCACUAUUCCCAUAAUUUACCCAAAUACUCUCUAUGAGCUUGGAUUCAUGGGUUCAUUAAUGACUUACAUAUAAAGAUAAUGACCAGUUGAUGAAAAUGAUGAAAUAUGAUAAGGAAAUAAUAAAGGAAAGAGACUUUCUUGUGUUUGUCUAGCAAUGCAACCAUGUAUUGUAACAUUAGACAAAGCUGGGCCUUUUGGUAAAUGCACAUUCAAGGCAUCAAUGGGCCCUUAGGUCGAGGCAAAUCUUGAUGACAUGGAGACUACCUAAACUCGAGUUCAACUCUUUAUAAAAACGUGCAUCAAUAAUGUAUAAAAUUUGGACCUUGAUUAGUGCAUACCCGGAUCCAACACCCGAGUGUGCACCCUUACAUAAAAAAAAAUAUAUAUAUAUAUAUAUAUAUUGGACCGAGUGGUGAUGGGCUUUUUUUUUUUCAGUGGGGAGUGUGCACAUUCAGGUGUUGGAUCCAGGUAUGCACACAUCAUUUUCCAUAAAAUUUAUAUAUAAAU